AUAAUUACUGUUCCUUAUUGCCAAUCGGUGAGUAACUCAGUCAGUCGCGUUUGCUUUGCUCAACAUGAAGGUGCUUCUGCUUCUGGGCGUGCUGCCGCUGCUGGCCGCGGCUGUCGGCGGUGACCUGGUCAUCGUGGAUCGUCAGGGCUGGGCGGCCAGGGCCCCGCAAGGUGCCAAACAGACGCUGACCGCGCCCGUCAAGUACGUCAUCCUGCACCAUACAUCAACGCCGAGCUGCAGCACCCAGAAGAAGUGCGCGGCACAAGUUCGCGCGAUCCAGGACGACCACAUGGACACAAGCGCCUUUCACGACAUCGGCUACAACUUCCUUGUCGGCGGAGACGGUCUGGUGUAUGAGGGACGCGGCUGGGACACGAGAGGCGCCUUCCUCAAGGGCUGGAACGUCAAGGCCGUCGGCAUCGCGCUUAUCGGCGACUUCAACCACAAGGCGCCCUCCGACGCGCAGCUGCAGGUGGCGCAGCUCCUCAUCUCCCAGGGCGUGAAGCUGGGCAAGCUGAGCGGCGACCACCUCGUGGCGGGCGCGUGCCAGGUCGGAGCGACUCGCAGCCCCGGCCAGCUCACCGUCAACAAGAUCCGCUCGUGGCCGGACUGGUGGUCCUACUCCAUCAAAGGAGCCUCCUGCAAGUAGCCCGGCGUCACCAACUUUCAAAAAGUGCCCUGCCCUGUCGUGGUGAAUAAACAUAUAUAACAUUUAUAAA